ACUAACUUGGCUAAGCUAACCUAACUAACAUGUCUAAGCUAAGUAAGUGACUAACUUUAACUAGCUAGCUAUGCUAUUGUCUUUCUGCAGUGGUUCACAUAUAGCUAUCUAAUGGGGUUUGUCUGUGUGAGGGUAACUAAAUUUAGAGAGGAAAAACGAGGUUACAUGUAGUUUCGCCGGUUCAUGGUGGAAUGUAUCAGUUCCACCUUAAAUAUGUUAGCGAGCUACGUAGUUUGCUAGCUCGCUGGAGUAGCUGUAACGUUCUGGUGCAUGCGUGACUUCUGCGCGGUUUAAGGUGGAACGAACAAUUCUAACCAAGACGCUAGCUAGCGAGCUUCAGCUUGGUCAACACCGGCUCUACUGCCGUGAAGACCAUCUAACGAUAGCUAAAUCUCUUCACAGACGGAUUAGUCGCUAAAUCUUAAUCCUCUCUAACGUAAAUGGUGUUAACUGUUCAACACCGUUUGCUUGUUUUCCUGCUGUUAGCCUACUAACCCUAGCCACCAGCCUGACCGCAUACUGUACUGUUUUAUUCAGCAAUGGUUGAAUUUAAAUUUGACCGGCAGCAGAUUUGUAUAGUAUCUACAGUAUCGUUGCUUUUUCUUUUUGUAUCAGCUGCGUGUUUCUCCUACCGGCCAGUGAUUAUCAUAAGGAUGGGAAAUUAUACGUCCAAUGCGAGCUUGUCCAGCACAGAGUCUGCUCAGCUUGUCCAGGAGGUUGUGUCCCACAACUGUGUUGUAAUAUUCUCCAAGACAACAUGCCCGUACUGCAAGAUGGCCAAGGGUGUCUUUAAUGAGAUAGGUGCCGCCUACAAAGUGGUUGAAUUGGAUGAGCACAGUCACGGCAGACAACUUCAGGAUACCUUGGCACAAAUGACUGGUGCCAGAACGGUACCGAGAGUAUUUAUCAAUGGAAAGUGCAUUGGAGGAGGAUCAGAUACACGACAACUUCACCAGCAGGGAAAACUGUUGCCUCUCAUUGAGAAGUGUAGCCCAUGCUGCUUGAACAGAAGUGAAGACGGAUCAGGGAGUGGAAAAAGUCCUUCCAGCCAAUCUUAGCCUUUUUAAUUCAGUUCAAAAACUCAUUUGUGCACGUUUGCAUUGUGUUGCAGCCCAGAGAAACUGGAUUAAUUGCAAUAUAGAUGAUAAACACAGCAGAUGUGUUCGGCAAUUAAACCUUACUGUCUUUGUUCUACUGUUUGACUUGGACUUGCCUGUAUAUUUUUGUUUCUCUCACAAUCCACAUGUCAUGUACAUACUGUUUUCUUUGUAUUUAAGGUUUGUUUAAAUUCAUUUAAAUUAUAUUACCUCAGUAUUAUUCUGGGUUUUAUAGUAUUUAAAUUAAUGUAUUGAUUUUUUAUUUUUUACUGUGUCCUACUGUGUCAAAAUAAAGUAGUGUUUAUAAAAAAGGUACUGUUUGAA